AUGGCGCCUGCCAAGCGGCCGGCGGCCAACAUCGAAGCGCCCGAAGCUAAGAAGCCCUGCGUCCAAGCGGACGGCAAGGAUGCGGACGAAGGCCCUGGGGCCUCUGGAGGCCUGCACGACGUGCUCAGCUGCCUCAGGUCCGGGCUUGCAGCGGAGCAGACGUAUGCUGCUCAAGUUGCGGCCCUGGAAAAGGCAGCCGGUGAUCUCAUGAACCAGUGGGAUCUUUGGAUCGCAGAGAAGCGCUACCGCAUCGCGGAGCUCGAAGCAUACGUCCACUCGCCCCACCAUGCCGAUCCUUAUGCGCAUGGCGACGAAGGGCAAGCGAGCUGCGGCGUGUGGUACUUCCACAAGAAGGGCGGUACCUACAAGAGUGGCAGCUUCAAGGGCAUGGACCUGGCUUGUGGCGACAAAGCUGGCGAUGUCUAUGCCGGGCUGCUCCUUCGCUCGAUAGUGGACGCCGCCGAUAAGCUCACCGAAGGCCCCUGCCUAGUCGUUGACAAGAUCCUCGAGUUGAAUGGCAAGGCCUCCAUAGCUGCCUUUGCAGAUGGCCGCAGCGCUGCGGACUUGUCUGCGUUGGAAACGAAGGGGCUGAGACUGGAAAGAGCCGAAGCCCCGCGAUCAGAUCGGGUGCGAUCCUCGGCGCGGGUCGGCUUGGUCCUGCGAGAGGAAACUUCUGAAGAGAUGAAAGGUCCCAAAACGCACAUGCAGGGCCGCCCAGUCGAGUUCUGCACAAGACCCUAUCGGUUCUCCACAGUUGCCGAACGGCUGACAAAGUUCAGAAGCGGCUUCGCAGCAACGGCCCAUUUGUCAGGGGUCGCGGGCGCAGACAAGCUGGGCCUCUCCGCGCAGAACUUCUCCAAGUAUGUGAAGGCGGCGGAGGAUGGCAAGUCUCAGGAUCCCUCCAGCUGGGUCAACCGGAAGAUCUCCACGCAGCCAGAGCUUUGCGAGUUCAUCGGCGCCUGCCACGGCGUUCUGGACCUGCUGCCGUCGGGCAUGUACGUCCUUCCCUGCUUCGACUCCGUCUUGACCUGGCAGGGCGCGCUCUUCAUCAAGCAAGGGCUGUACAAGGGCGCAGUCUUCAAAUUCCGCCUGGUCCUCCCGGAGGAAUAUCCAGACCAGGGCCCAGAUCUCUUCUUCACCUCCGAAGUCUUCCAUCCGAUGGUCGACCCCAAGACAGGGCAAGUGGAGCUCGGAUCUUUGUUUCCUGAGUGGCGCCCCGGGCGAGACUUUGCGGCAUUUGCGCUGCCUCACCUUCACAAGGCUUUCCUGCGCAGGGAGUACUUUGCGAGUAAUGCUCGGCCGGCUCUGAAUCCAGAGGCAAAGCAGCUCUUCAUCUCUGACCCUGCCUCGUUUGCUGAGCGCGCCAAGGCCUGCGCCAACAAGAGCUUGCUGCACGUGUACGACAAUGCCUCGGGGUCUUCCUUGCAGUUUACCAAGGGCCCUGCCGAGGCCCACGAUGCCAUUCUCGAACACCUCAAAGCCGACCCAUCCGCUUCGCUAGAGGAGCGGAAGACGGCUUUCAUUGAUUGGUUCUGUGACCACUACGCCCACAAGCGCACCCGGGUCGGUGUGGCGCAGGGAGACGCGGAGGUGGGGGUGGGGACUGCAAUGCGAACGACCACAAGUCCUGCCCACUUGCUGUAG